AUGUGGUCAACUCAAAGAACGCUCAUAUUUCUUUUAAACAAAAUAUCCCAAAAAUUAAAAACUGUUCUGGGUAUUUUUUCACUUGCACCUGAUCGAUUUGGUUUAGGUGAUUUUCAGUUACUCGUUGGUGCUGGUGACAUAAAUGAAGCACAUGUUAUCGAUUCUGCUAUUGCAUUAAUUAAUGAAAAUAAACAGGAAACUAUUAGAGCAUUAUCGAAACAUAAGGACGCUUUGUUUUUAUAUAAACAACUUGUUAAUCAAGUUAUAGUUCUCAAACCAGUUACAAGAAACUUGACCAAUGCUGAAGAAGGUUAUAGUAAGUUCUUUUAA